AUGCGUUUCUCUAGCGCCACCACGCUCUUUUCUCUGGCGUCCAUCGCCCAAGCUGCUCCCAAGGUUCACCCGCGCGACCAUGUCAUCGCCGCCCGCGAGACCGGUCAGCAGUACCAAUCCCAGGUGUUCUACACUAACUGGGCCAUGUACGGACGCAAACACUUCGUCACCGACCUCCCGGCCGACCACCUCACCAAGAUUAACUACGGUUUCGCCAACGUGAACAACAAGACUGGCGAGGUCUUUCUCUCCGACGAGUGGUCUGACGUCCAGUUUCCUUACCCGGGAGAUGUUGCCACCAAUGGAUCGCAGUUGCUUGGUAACUUCAACCAGCUUUACAAGCUGAAGCAGAAGAACCGCAACCUGAAGGUUAUCCUUUCUGUCGGCGGUUGGACCUGGAGGGGCAACUUCAAGCCCGCGCUUGCCACCGAGGCUGGAAGACAAAAGUUCUGCGACAGCUCUCUGCAGCUGAUCGCGGACCUUGGACUCGACGGCUUCGACAUUGACUGGGAGUACGCUGAGGAUGCGACCGAUGCGGCCAACUUCCUCGACACUGUCAUGCGCUGCCGCAAGGCUUACGACGAGUACGCAGCCGCCAACGCCCACGGCUACCACUUCGACCUGGGCAUUUCCGCCCCCGCUGGACCUUCUCGCUACAGCGUCUUGCGCAUGAAGGAGAUGGACCAGUACGUCGACAACUGGAACUUGAUGGCUUUCGACUACCAGGGCGGUGGCUUCUCCAACUUCACCGGUCACCAGAGUAACGUGUACGCCAGCAAGACUAACCCUAAGACCACUGACGGCUGGGACUCUGUUCUCGGAAAGUUCAUGCCGUUCAACACCAAGGAGGCCAUCGAUUACUACAAGGCGAACGUCGCCUCCCCUUGCAAGAUCGUUCUCGGUAUGCCCCUGUACGGACGCUCUUUCGGCAACGUUGUCGAUCUCAGCAAGGACCAGCGCGGUCUUGGCCAGAAGUUUAACGGUUCUGGCGAGGGUACCUGGGAGCCUGGCACACUCGACUACAAGUUCCUUCCUCUUAACGGCAGCAAAGUUUACCAGGACAAGGAGACCCUCUCCAGCUGGAGCUGGGACCCCGUCAAGAAGGAGGUAGUCAGCUUCGAUACUCCCAAGACUGCCGUCUGGAAGACUGAUUUCCUCAAGUCUGAGGGUCUUGGUGGCGCAUGGUGGUGGGACUCCUCCAGCGACCUCCCGAUCACCAACGACAAGAGCAUUAUCUCGACCGUUGUGAAGCAGCUCGGUGGCUCUACCGGCCUGAAGCAAGCCAAGAACAACCUGUACUACCCCAAGUCCAAGUACUACAACAUCGCUGGAGCCGCAAACUCCACUGUCAUGCAGUAGAUGGAGAUGUUGUAAUUACUUUCCUGUACACAAAACAAUUUGUCAAGCCUGUCGUGUGGACCAGGUGAUGCUAAGGGUCAUUCUUUGUUUAGCUAGUUAGCCAAUUAAUGUCGUACCCGCGGCCGUUCCAUUCGAGA